UUUUCUCUUUUCAGAAGCUCAUUAGACUUUAUACACUACGUAGUCACAGACACACACAGAAGAGAGAGAGAGAGAUAGAGAGAGGGGAGAGAGAGAGAGAGAGAGAGAGAGAGAGAGUGAAGCUCUCAAGAAAGUUCCCUGAAUACUCAAAGCCUUCAGCUUUGUCAAAACCCUAAUUCUCCUCCUCCGUCGCCGGAGCUUUUCCCGCUGCAAAUUCCGGCGUGUUUCCCCACCAUUGCAGCAUUCCCGGGCUGAUAUUCGAAAACUCCAGCAUCGGCAUUUGACGGUUCUCAUAUCGAACAAGCUCGGAGCUUCUUCUUUGACUUUUGUUGACUGUUCGAGCUCUGUAGCUCUACUGUGCUUCACUCGGGAGCGGUUAAUUUCUGGGGUUUUUGGCUGUGAAUUUUUCCCAUUUCACGCCCUCUUUCGGUUUAUUGGGCUUCUUACCGGCAAACAGUGCCGUUUUCCGGAGCACUUUCACCCAUAAAUCUAGCCGUUGGAGAAAGUUGUCUUCUUUCUUUUAGUUUUGAGCUCUCUGGUUUUUAUGUCGUUCUAGUGGGGGGCCCUUGAGUACCGAACAAUGCGACCCUUUUCAGGCAUGAAAACGCUGCUCCUCCUAUUCGCCGUCGUUGUUUUGUGUCCGGUUCUUGCGAGAUCUCUGAACCCGUCUCUGAACGACGACGUGUUGGGGCUGAUAGUGUUCAAGGCGAAUAUCCAAGAUCCUAAGGGAAAGUUAGCGUCUUGGAGCGAAGACGACGACAGUGCUUGCAGUUGGGUCGGGGUAAAAUGCCACCCGAGAUCCAACCGGGUCAUCGAGCUCAACCUCGACGACUUCUCGCUUUCGGGUCACAUCGGGCGCGGCCUUCUGCAACUGCAAGCGCUCCGGAAGCUCUCGCUUUCGAAGAACAAUCUCAUCGGAAGCUUAACGCCUAACAUUGCUCACAUCGACAACCUCCGAGUUCUCGAUUUGAGUGAGAACAGUUUCUCCGGUGAUGUUCCAGAAGAGUUUUUCCGGCAAUGUGGGUCACUGAGAGUGAUUUCUCUGGCGAAAAACAAGUUUUCCGGGAAAAUUCCAGAGAGUUUGGGCUCGUGUCCGAGUCUAGCAUCUGUUAACUUGUCGUUGAACCAGUUUUCGGGUUCGGUUCCGGCUGGGGUUUGGUCCUUGAGUGGGAUUAGAUCACUGGAUUUGUCUGAUAACUUGUUGGAGGGUGGAAUUCCAAAGGGGGUUGAAGGAUUGAAUAAUUUGCGAGGAAUUAAUUUGGCCAGGAAUCGGUUUACUGGGCAAGUUCCAGAUGGAAUUGGAAACUGGUUGCUCUUGAGGUCCAUUGAUCUGAGCGAGAAUUCGUUCUCGGGUAACCUCCCUCAGACAAUGCAGAAACUUGGCUUGUGCAGCUAUCUGAAUUUGCACCAGAACACAUUUUCCGGUGAGGUUCCGGAGUGGAUUGGAGAGAUGAAGAGCCUGGAGACUUUGGACCUUUCUAGCAACCGAUUUUUGGGUGAAGUUCCAAGCUCAAUAGGCAAUCUUGAGUCUUUGAAAGUAUUGAAUUUUUCUGCAAAUGGGUUCACUGGUAGCUUGCCAAAGUCUCUGUCUUAUUGCACAAACCUUCUGGGUUUAGAUUUUAGCAAGAAUUCGAUGGCGGGUGAGCUUCCUGUGUGGAUAUUCGCGGCAGGUACAGAGGAAGUUUCACUUUCAGAGAAAAAACCAAGUGGAAGCAAGAACAUCCCUCUAUCUUCAUCAGCUGGAAAUGCACUAAAGAAUCUCCAAGUCUUGGAUUUAUCCCUUAAUCAUUUUUCGGGUGAAAUUACGUCUGACAUUGGGGCCUUAAGCAGCUUGCACGUUUUGAACCUCUCUGGUAACUCUCUUGCUGGUCCUAUUCCUGUGGCCAUUGGAGACUUGAAGGUCCUGGACAAUCUCGACUUGAGCGAGAAUCGGCUCAAUGGAACCAUUCCAACUUCAAUCGAGAACUGUUCUUCUCUAACCACUUUAAUUGUAUCACAGAACAGACUGACUGGUCCAAUACCUGCGGCAAUGUCCAAACUUACCAACUUACAAAAUGUGGACUUGUCUUUCAAUAGCCUCACAGGAGGACUGCCGAAGCAGUUAGCCAAUCUUCCCAACCUUCUUUCCUUCAAAAUUUCCCACAACAACCUCCAGGGUGAACUACCUGCGGGUGCCUUUUUCAACACCAUCUCCCCUUCCUCCGUCUCUGGAAAUCCAUCUCUCUGUGGUUCUGCAGUUAACAAGUCUUGCCCGGGAGUCCUUCCCAAACCCAUUGUCCUCAAUCCCAAUUCCUCUUCUGACUCCAGCACAGGAGAAAUCUCAUCAAAUCUUGGUCAUCGAAGAAUCUUACUCAGUAUUUCUUCGCUUAUUGCCAUUGCUGCAGCCGCUGUCAUUGUCAUUGGUGUAAUUGCCAUUACUGUGCUUAAUCUCCGUGUCCGGUCUUCCUCUUCCACAACUCAACCGGCGGCAGCCCUCGCAUUUUCAGGUGGGGAUGACUUCAGCCAUUCCCCUACAACAGAUGGAAACUCUGGCAAGCUUGUCAUGUUCUCAGGUGAGCCUGACUUCAGCACCAGCGCACAUGCACUGCUCAACAAGGACUGUGAGCUUGGGCGAGGUGGGUUUGGAGCAGUCUACCGGACUGUUCUUCGAGAUGGACGACCAGUUGCAAUCAAGAAGCUCACUGUUUCUAGUCUUGUCAAAUCUCAAGGAGAAUUUGAAAGGGAAGUGAAGAAAUUGGGGAAAGUGAGGCACGAUAAUCUUGUGGAGAUCGAAGGCUAUUACUGGACUCCAUCAUUACAGCUCAUCAUAUACGAAUAUGUUGCCGGUGGUAGUUUAUACAAGCAUCUUCAUGAUGGAGCAGGUGGAAACUUCCUGUCGUGGAAUGACCGGUUCAACAUAAUUCUUGGAACUGCAAAAAGUUUGGCUCAUUUGCACCAGAUGAACAUAAUUCACUACAAUAUAAAGUCCAGCAAUGUCCUGAUUGGCAGCUCAGGCGAACCCAAAGUGGGAGACUUUGGCCUGGCUAGGUUGUUGCCAAUGCUUGACCGAUAUGUUCUGAGUAGCAAGAUUCAGAGCGCCCUUGGCUACAUGGCACCAGAGUUUGCUUGCAAAACGGUAAAGAUAACCGAGAAAUGUGAUGUGUACGGGUUUGGGAUUUUGGUUCUAGAGAUUGUCACCGGGAAAAGACCUGUCGAGUACAUGGAAGAUGAUGUUGUGGUGCUUUGUGACAUGGUGAGAGAAGCACUGGAAGAAGGCAGGGUAGAAGAAUGUGUUGAUGCUCGGCUCCAAGGAAUUUUCCCAGCAGAAGAGGCUAUACCUGUGAUGAAACUAGGCUUGAUAUGCACGUCACAAGUGCCAUCAAACAGACCAGACAUGGGGGAGGUCGUCAACAUUUUGGAGCUGAUCCGAUGUCCUUCCGAAGGCCAAGAGGAGUUGUGAUGGAUUAAACUAAUCUUAACAGAUUUUCAGUGAAGGGAUUCGCAACAAGUUAUCCGGCACAGAAGAAUCCAGUUUGUUCGUUCCAUCGAGGGAGAAGGAAAUUUUAAUUGUUGGUUUUUCUUUUUCUGCAUUGUUGUAUUUGUUAUCCUUCUGUUGUGGAUUUCUUGUGUUACAUUUCUGUAGUUUCUCCUCCAUGCUACAAGUAGCUAGGUCACCAGAUUCUCCUUUGCCGGAUUCCGAUUCGAGUCCCGGUCAGAAAUUGUCAUGACUAAUCUUAUGAACUCUUCCAAUUUCUCUU